AUGUUCAUGGAUGAAGCCGGGCUUCCAGAUGAAAAAAAGAUGGUGCUCAAAGUAUUACAUCCCUAUUUAGAUGAAUGCAAAGUUGCAUUUGUGACUGUUUCUAAUAAGCUGUUUAAUGCAGCAAAUGCUAAUCGAACGAUAUGUGUAUUUCAAUUGUUACCAUCUGAAGAAGAUAAGUUAACAUUGGCAUUUGAAAAAAUUAUUCUUGCUCUAUGUAAAACAUAUCGUCAGGUUUUAUCCUAUGACGAUAUACUCAAAAUAUUUCACGAUCAAGAUUUCAUUUAUAUGUUGCGUGAUUUACGUUUUAACAUUAGUACAAGAAAUGCGACAUCAAACACACAUAAAGAUAAUUGGAAUCUUCGCCGACAAGAAAAUAAUUCGAAUGUUAUUUUAAGUUGUAUCACACCAACGAGUUUAAUAUGCGCGUUAGAAAAUAAUUUCAAUGGAAUAAAAAAAGAUCAAUUUGACAGAUUAGUUCAAAUAUUUUUUACAUCUGUGAGCGAGCGUAUCAGUAGUUUUAACAAGCCAAACGACAUUAAAUAUCGGGAUCCAGUAUCAGUGCUACGUGACUCGAUGAAAUUAGAAUCUACAAGACGGCGUUUGUACUGCCGUUAUAACUUGAUUAUUGAUGAAAGUGAAGACGAAUCAGUUGCAAAUUUAUUGUUCGAAGGCAUCCUGCAGCCAAACUCUGAAAAUACGACAGUAUUUUGA